AUGACAAGCCGCACUCCUGAGAGCCAAGCAGAGGCUAAAAUUACCAAAGAACUUUUUAAUGGCGCCAUUGCGUCAACUGGGUGCCUCAAUGUUAUGCUAGGAAAGUUUGACCUGACCAAGACGUUGAGGAUUGUCACCUGGACCGCGAGAUUCAUACGGAAUUCACGCCUGAAGAAACAAGAAAGAAUGAUGGGUCUAUUGACGACCGACGAGAUUAAAAACCAGCACCUGUUUUGGACCAAGCUCCCUCAAGAGAUUCAAAGCGAUGAUGUGACGAACGAUCGAGAAAGACUGGGUUUAGAAGAAAACGACCGGGAAUGCUCAUAUGUCGAGGUGGUGUGCAGGUACAUUACCCGGUAUACCUGCCUGACAAGCACCCCUACACAGUGAAACUCGUUGAAGACGCCCAUCGCCGUACGUAGCAUGGGGGAGUAAGUUUAACAAUGGCGCGGAUCAGAGAACGUCAUUCGGUGCCGAGGCUAAGACGUCUGAACAAGAGAGUGAUAAAACAGUCAGAGCCGCUGCUAGACCCCCUCCCGCCCUUGGAACUGUCAUUCGACCGGACGCCUUUGACAACUCAGGAACAGCUAAACCCUGAGGUUCGAGAGUUCAGACCUACCCGUGAGGCUGCAGUUGCAGCGAGAGUACGAAUGCAAGAUAUUGCUGACAAAGAGCAAGCCAACUGA